AUGUCUUCCCCAAAAACUAGUGGCAAGGGUUCUUCUUCCUCUUGGUCUCCUGCUUAUCUUACUGGAGAUGGUGUCGAUCAGCAUGCGAAUGAAUUUGGCGCGGUGCCGAAGGAAAUGGUUAAUCUAUUCAAGGAGGAUGUUGAGGCUCCCCUUUGCCUCCAAAGCUCUUCUGGCCUGACUUCUCACACUUGGGUCAGUAAGAACUUGAGCGGAUCUUAUCCCUCCAGUGAAGUAAGGAAUAGUGCAGUGAAGUGGUCGAAGUGGAUUGAUAGACUCCUUCUAAGGUAUGGAGAUCACUGGAAAAUGGCUGGGAUGUACGACUCCAUCCUUCUGUCCAAGCAAUCUGUGAACAGAGAUGAGAACAUGCUAGCUACAACUCUCUACUUCUGGAAUUCUGCCAGCAAUACGUUCGAUUUUCGUGUGGGCCCUAUGGCUCCAACCCUACUAGAUAUGGCUUAG